UUCAGCCUGCAUUAUUGCAGUGUAUAGGAAAAUAUAUAUAGUUUAAUUUUCAAAAAGUUUGGAGUUGCUUCAGCUGUAAUACUAUUUUAACAGUUAUUACAAUGAAGCGAAAGAGGACUGAGAUGUCUGAGACAUCACCUUCAACUGAUGCUCGGCCCAAGAGGCGUCGGAAUGACACAACAUUGUUGGAUACCAUCCAGUUCAUAUUUGACUGUCUUCGCAAUCAACGGAAGCAAGAUGAAGACGUGUACUUGUGUGAAGCCUUCUUACGGGUACCCAAGAAGCGCUCAGAACCUCAGUACUUUGAAGUGGUCAGCAAACCCAUUGACAUGCUCAAAAUACAACAGAAGAUUAAAACUGACCAGUAUGAUGAACUAGAAGAGUUCUGUGCUGACAUCCAGCUGCUUGUUGACAAUGCUAAGUUGUACUAUGCAAAGUCCACUGAGGAGUUCAAGGAUGCUUGCGAUCUGUGGAAACUUUUUGAAGAGAGCCGAGCCAGAGCUCCCGAUGAGGUCAAGGAGAAACAGAAACAAAAGCAGCAACAAAUUGACGAUGAUGAAAAGUUUCCCGGCAAAAAAAAAGGCAGCAGCAGCGGCCGGCCGUCACGAGGAGCCUCUGCCCCGCUCAUCAGAGACGACUCAGGUCCUGCCAUGGAUGAAGCCAGCGCCAUCAAGGAGCUCUUUGGCUGCAUUGUUACUGCCAGGGAUGCUGAUGAUCGACUUCUGUCUUAUGUCUUCAGGGUACUGCCUUCUGAAGAGCGGUACCCUGAGUACUACACAGUGAUCGAGAAGCCCAUUGACCUACGCACCAUGGCUGAACGGCUGUGCCAGAAUAAAUAUGCUACACUGGACAGCAUUGUUCAUGACUUUGACCUGCUCUUUGGCAAUGCCUGUACCUUCAAUGAACCAGGCAGCUGCAUCUUCAGAGAUGCCUGUAAACUACGCAAGUUUGUGCAUAGCAGGAAGCAAGAUCUCAUAGACUGCAUUGCCAGUGGCAAAGGCAGGCUCAGGUGUCGCCGUCCUGUAGGAGGCAAGGAGUGGCACGAGCUGAUGCAGGACAUGGACGAGAGCACAGUGCUGCCCCUGGCGGAGGAGGACCUGGCUACAGGCGACGAGCUGCCCACCGUAGGGUCUGGACCUCCUGACGACGACGACAACGAUGACGACGUGGACAGCGAGAACCCGCUGUGGCAGCUCUUCCUGCUGGCGAAGAACCUUACCGUGCCUUCAAAUCCUAACUAUCAUCUGAUUGAGCCGUUCCGCCGUCUGCCUAACCGCCGCUGGCACGCUGAUUACUACAGUGAAAUAACGCACCCUAUCAGCAUGAGUCAAAUACGCAACAAAAUCAAGAAAGGAGAGUACUCCGACAUACUGGAGCUGCAAGAAGAUUUCAACCUGAUGCUGAACAACGCCCAGCAAUACAACAGACCAGACUCACGCAUACACCGUGACGCCGUGACUAUCCAGGCUGCCGUUCAUGCCGCUGUGUCCCAGAUCCUUCAGUCUCAGGGUAACGACAUCCCAGUCAUCAAAUCUCCCAGCAAGAACUCCUCUGCUGCAGUCCAAGCCCAGAGUUCUGGUGGCCAGAGCUGGGCGGACACGGACUCUGAAGGCGAGGAUCCUGUAUCUUCGGCAGUAGGACGUCGUAGACCCGCAGCGUCCUCGGGACUGUUGAGUUUCAAAAGACGUGCCAAGCUUCUCUUCAAGACCUUAAUGGACUACAUGACGGAGGACGGCAGGCAGCCCAUCGUUGCUUUCAUCGAGAAGCCGUCGCGUCGAGAGUAUCCUGACUACUACCAGGUCAUCGAGCAUCCUAUCGACAUGGAGACCAUAGAGGCGAGGAUCAAGUCAGAAUAUUAUGGCUGUGAGAAGGAACUCUUGGCUGACUUCCGUCUCAUGCUCAACAACUGCAUGACUUAUAAUGAAGAGGGAUCACUCAUUCACUCCGACGCUCUCACUCUCAAUAAGGUACUGAACGACAAAGUGGCAGAGCUGAACCAGAGCAGCGCUGUGGAUGGUGGCGCUGGAGUUCCUCAGGGCCAGACCCACGGCACGCCCUCGUGGCCCUCCAUGAGCACGCCAUCAGUAGCCCAGAGCAGCAAAGUGCUGCAGCUGAAGAAAACCAAGCAACAGCCGCCCUCUGGCAUCCUGCGCAACAUCAGGAGCAUUUACAACGCUGUUGUUGAAUGUCGUGAUGCAGACGGCAGGCAGAUCUCUGAAGUCUUCAUGAAACUUCCGUCAAAGAUUCUAUAUCCUGACUAUUAUGAGUUGAUCAAGCACCCGAUCGACCUGGAACGCGUGCUCUACAAGUGGAAGACUGGCAGCUACACGAGCGUUGACGACUGCCUUGCUGACCUAACGCUGCUCUUCAACAACGCCUGUCGCUACAACGAACCUGAGAGCCAAAUAUACAGAGAUGCUCUUACGUUACAGCAGAUUGCUUUACAGAAGCGCCUGGAGUUGGUAUGGCAGGACGUGCCACGAGUGAAGACGCUGGUGCAGGAGUUGCUCAUGUCGCUCUUCAUCACGGUGUUCAACCAUGAGCAGGACGGCAGAUAUACCACCGAGUCCUUCGCUGAUCUCCCGACACAAGAUCCUGUCGCUGCCAAGGCAGACCUUCAGCACGGAAGCCUGACAAGCAAAAACCGCCCUCUGACGUUCGACAUUCUGAAGCGGCGCUUGGACAAGGGCCUCUACAGCCGACUAGAUCAUUUCCAGGAGGACAUGUUCUCCAUCUUCACGCGCGCUCGACGGCUUAGUUCAGUCAACAGUCGCGUCUUCAAAGACUCAGUGACUCUGCAGAACGCCUACAUUAUCGCCAGAGACCGACUGUGCGGCGAUGGUAAAAUCCUGAAGUCUCAGGCGCUAAAGUUUACCAAGGAUGACUUGGAUGCUGAAGUCGCUGCUGAUGCUGCAAUCAGGACUGAAGAGGGAGAGGAGCAGGCUGCUGAAACUGCCAUGGAUGUUGACUCUAAAACAAGCCAGGAAACUGCCCCAGAAGCCAGCAGCACCGCGACUGACAAGGCCGUCUACGUUGCUGGGGAGUUCGUCUACGCUGCUCCUACUGAACCCUCUCUUGGCAAGCGCAUCGUCCACAUCGAUCGCGUGUUCCUGAACAACAGCAAGAGCAGGGCUGGCAACCCCGUAUCUAUGAUACAAGGCUACCAAUAUUUCCGACCUGAGGAAACUUUCCAUCCUGCCACCAGGAAGUUCUACGCCAAAGAAGUCUUCAAGACCGAAAACAAAAUCACUAUCCCCGUCACUGACGUGGUAGGACGGUGUCUGGUGCUGUCCGUGUCCGACUUCCAGAAGAUGCGUGCCACGAACAUCCCUGAGGAAGACGUGUACGUGUGUGAGAACAGAUACCUCGCACGACAUCGCUUCUUUAAGAAGAUCAAGAUGGUGCCGUUCGCGGUGCCAGCGUCCGUGGUGCUGGAGGAACGUAGCGCGCCGCUGCACCUGACGAAGCUCGACUCGAUCUUCAAGGAGCGCAUCGAGCGACACAAGGAAGAGCUCGCCGAGGUCGACGAGGAGACCAGGGUGAACAGAACACCUCUGCCGAACGUUGCCCGGACGAGCACCACGGGUACAGGGGAGCUGGAGUUCGAGCAGUACAACCUGGGCAGCGGUGCGGUGGUCAAACUCGGAGACUUUGUCUAUGUCAAAGUCCCUCCCAUCGCCGUGCCUGGCAAUAGCAGCAGUCUCGCCACGCUCAAGGCUAUACGACACGUCACCAGGAUUUGGCUCAAUCCACAAGGCGUGUGCUCGUUCCUGGGUUCAGUGUACAGCACAGCACAGGAGCUGUACAUGAGUGGGGUACAGUUGGACAGAACUGUAGCGUACAAGCAGGAGGUUUACCUCACUUCUGUACAGGAUAGUCUGCCUCUCACCGACAUCAUCGGACGCUGCUCAGUGCUACAUGUCAAGGAGUAUGCAGCGUGUCGUCUCACUGAGGUGCUGGAGAAGGACGUGUACUUGUGCCAGAAUUACUUCGACGAGACCUCGCGCCGCAUCUCGCCCCUGCAGUCCGGCAUCGUCAAGUUCCAGCUGUCGCGACAAGUGCUGCAGGACGAGGUCUAUUACUUCAGCAACGCCGUCAACCUCCAGAAGGCCGUCCUGGAGACGGUGAACCUGGCUCAGCUGCCUCGACGCCACGCGACACAGCAGGCGCAGCUCGGAGCGUCAGGCCCCGUGCCAUUGGAUGAGGAUCUGUCUAAUGAUCUGCUGGUGGGCGAGGACUCGUUAGACAGCAGCGCCGCUCCCUCAAUUUCCUCGGACUCUACUCCACCUUCCCUCGCUGGGCAUCACUCCGGGGCUCCUGCCUCCCCAGCAGUCCACUCCGGCGCUAUUACUUCCAAGUCUGCGAAAAAGACACCGGGCCGGAAGCAGGUGUCCGGAUACCUGCUCUUCUCGAGCGAGAUCCGUAAAAGUGUUACGAUGCGGAACCCGAGCGCUAACUUUGGAGAGAUAUCGCGUCUGGUGGGCAUGGAAUGGAAGAACUUGUGCGAGGUCGAGCGAAAGGCUUUUGAAGACCGCGCUCAUGUCGUCAACCAGGAAGCUGCUGAAAAAGCCCUUUUGGGGACCCCGGAGACUCCAGUGUCAAGUGUGUCUGCCGCUCACGAGAUGCCACUGCCCACCAGCCCGGACAUUGUGUUCGAGUGUAUGUGGGGCGACUGUGACGUCAUGUUCGAGGAUCUCGCUGAUAUGUACGAUCAUCUUCUCAACGAACAAACUGGACACGUCUGCAAAGUCAAGACGACUUUCGAGUGUCAGUGGCGCACGUGCAGCCGUCACAAGAAGAACAACCUCAUGCCCUUCCCCAUGCUGGCACGCCUCACCCGCCACACCCGCGAGGUGCACCUCAUGAAGAACACAGGCCGCAUCAUCCAGCCGCACGACCGCAGCAGGAACUUCGUGCCUUCCUCACGGCGGUCUCUGGUCCCUGCAGCAGCACACAUCGCGCCCGCUACGCCGGCAGCUACGGGUGUCUCUACCGCUGCUAAUACCAUGCUUCCCGGCUUCAGCUUGGGCAAGUCAGGCUUCCAGGUAUCGGUUCUCAGCAACAGUGGCACCUCACCAGCACCCACGGGGCUCGCUGGUCUCCUGCAGAAUCAACGUCAGCCUCAGAUUCUUUUUGCUGCGACGCCUGCAAAGACUCAGCGUUUGCUCCACUCAGAAGCUUAUAUAAAGUACAUCGAGAACCUGGACAAGCCGUACCAGGGCAACUGGGAGCGGCAACUGCACGCCACCUCCGAGAACACGACAAUCAACGACGCCCACCGCCUGCCUGUCACUUGGCUGCCUGCAGAGUACCAAACCGUCGCGCCGCCUCACGUCAAACUCGAGAACGGGAAGGAUGCUUUGAGCGCCUUGUGGGCCUUGAGAGACAUCAUGGUUAAAGAUGCGCUUUGUGGACGUCUGUAGGUAUUGAUAAGAACGGUUGAUUAGGGCUGUAAAUUAAAUGCCUUGUGCGCUGGUCGAAAAUGAGAUGUAAAAUCUAUGAUGAGUAAAUGUGUCUCUUCAGAUGACAGACAUCAUGGUUAAAGUUGCGCUUUGUGGAUGUCUGUAGGUAUUAUUAAGAACGGUUGAUUAGGGCCCUGUGCGCUGAAAAUGCCCUGUGCGCUGGUCGAAAAUGAGAUGGAAAAUCUAUGUAUGAUGAGUAAAUGUCACUUCAGAACUAUGCUGUGCAAGAUACCGAUCAAGUAGUUAAUUUAUUGAGAAUAGAGCUAGUUGGGAGUGAAAAUAAUCAGACAGGCGCAUUGAUUUCCGUUAAUAGAUUAACGUGCAAAUGGUUCUUGGGACGUUAUCUUUUAGAACGGAUGAAGUGAGGGAUUACAAAAUUUGAUUGAAAGUUUAUUUUAAAGCAAAACAUAAAUAGUUCUCUCUGAAAAUUGUUCAUCGAAAGGAUAACUGAGAUUUCCUUGAGAUGCUUGCUCGUUUUCACUGUUUCUUGAAUGGUAGUAGCAAGUCAUUUAGAAUAUAUGAAAAAUUCUUCCAAUGCGUACUCUAAAUGUCAUCGAAAGGUCGUUCAGAAUAAUAUUAGGUUUAGAAGUAGUAUUAUAGCAUUCGAGUAGACAUAGGACGAUGUGCAUGAAAAAUUUUCUAAUAAUCGGCUAUAAUAAUAUAAGCGUCUACCGAGCGUCAUUAAAUUGGUACCAUAUGAUUUUUGUGACGUAAAGUCUCGUAUUAAAUGACCUGUAUUCGAUUCAGUGAGUUCAAGUUGGCCAGACAGCACGCUGCACUAACCAGAUUUAAGCAAUCACUACGCUACUAUUCCACACUAUGUUCCUUCAUGGAUGGAGAGUUAUUAAUGUGUAGAAAUUUCAAAAGAAUCGGGCAUUAUGGAGAGGUUGCCCUGAAGUUUUACCCCAUGGCAGGCAUCCGUGCCCCUCUGUAUUCCAGAGUCCCCUUCCAUCUUGUUUAUUGCAGCCUUGGCAAGGACAGGAUCAAUGUAUUCGAAAGCUUCGAGAACCCUCAACAGCUCCAGGUCGUUCUGGGGGCGACGGCAGCGAAUGGUGCCUUCGUUCAGGCUCGCGCUUACACCAGUGCUGUGAAAAUGGCCACUGAUACGAGUCCUGGGAUACUCUUAGGAGUCAACUUGAAUUGUUCCCGCAACAACCACACCUUCAUCGAAUAGAUGGCUUUUGCCAUCCACCGAGCAUAAUGCAUGGCUCCAGGAGCGCGGAGCUUCACUCCGCCUGGAGGAGAACGGGCAAGGAACACGAGCGACAUCGCCAUGAGCUCUUUGUAGUCGUCACGACCUUGAAGCUGACUGACUGCUGUUUCCAUCCACUCGGUAUGGACUCGUGCGAUGAAGGCAUCGCACACACUACACAAAGCACCCUGGAAUGGAAUCAGAUCAUUCAGGGUGGGGCUGGACAAAAAAUCCCUGUUCAAGCGUUCAGACCGUUUCUUUGUUUACUCUACGGACGGAAUUACCAUGAGCCAUAGGUGGUGAAAUUUGGAGACGUUGAGCGGUCUCUAAAUAUCAACUAAUUAUGAAAGAUAUUUUAGGAAUAGUAUUCAAGCAUCUAGACAAAUCGGUUUUUAAGGUAGGAACUUAUUUUAAAGAAAAAAAUAACUGUUUAUUUGAGGACCAUUUUGU